CGGGUCUCAGCGCCCAAGAGGGAGACAACCAUGGGGGCCUUCGCUUAGGCUCUGGCUUCCUCGACGUACGUAGUUUCAUGCACAACGAGGCGUUACACUCAGAGCAAGACUGCAGCCUUGUUGUACACAAAUCCGAGGGUACAGCACAUCACACAACUACUUGGUAGACAGCAUCAUUGCAACAGCAGCUUUUACCUCACAAUUUUCCUGGUCUUCAUAGCCCUCCCCACCACCAGCUGUUUUAAGGGGGGCGACUACAGGGUGUCCUCCAGCACAUAUGGAAGUGGUGUCAGCCAUGCUGGGAGGAGCACUGUGCUAGAAGACAGCACACACUUUGUGCCUCGACGGCCGCCACUUGUGCUGGUGCUGGUGCUGAAGUGAGGGUCUGAGGCGGGAAGCACAGUUCCAGGAAAUAGCAAACAACCCUUUGUUUCCUGACUGCCACCACUGGUGCUGAGGUGAGGGUCUGAGGCGGGAAGCACAGUUCCAGGAAAUAGCAAACAACCCUUUGUUUCCUGACUGCCACCACUGGUGCUGAGGUGAGGGUCUGAGGCCAGUGCUGUGCUCAACACUCACUGUGUCCUCACUGCCACUGACUUCAGGACUUCUUCCUGCAUCCCACGCCUCACCUGCUGGCUUGGUCCCUGAGUGUGGGGUCAGGGGAACCUUGCCGCCUGCCACAACUCCCCUGAUAUUCCUGCAAGACCUGCCAACUCCUCACAUCAAGAUCAGUGUUGCAGUAAAGGCUGCAAGGCCUGGGUGGCCGGGACCAGCAGGAGCAGACUGCCACUGGUCUGAGGAUCAGGGUGGUCGGAACAACCACCUCCGCCACUGUUGGCAUCUCCAGCCAUAAAGGAAAGAAACUUGGAGUGUGAGAUCUGAGACUGAAAGCACGGUCACAUGACACAGCCUUGCACACACUGGUGAAGGAAAGCAUGAAUGCCAAGGGUGUGGGAGAAGACUCCCUGGGAAGGAUGACCUCCGCAAGUACACCCUCACACUCUGGUGGAAGACUUCAUGAACGCCAUGACGGUGGUAGAAAAUUAAGUAAGAAUAGUACCCUUAACACACACACCCUUACACACACUGGUGAAAGAAACCAAGAAAGUGAAGUUAGUGGAAAAGGAUCCAGUGUGAAGAGUUCCUUCAACCAACACACUGUUAGAUACAAUGGUGAAAGAAAUCAUCAAUGUGGAGUUUGUGGAAAACGGUUUGGUCUGAAGAGUGUCUUCAACAGACACAUUCAUAUACAUGCUGGUGAAACAAAUUAUAAAUGUGAUGAAGUACUCAGGGGGAAGUCUGAAAUGAACAAACACACCCUCACACACACUGGUGAAAAAAAUUAUGAAUGUGAAUUUUGUGGGAAACGAUUUACUCAUAAGAGUACCCUCAACAAACACACCCUCACACACACUGGUGAAAAAAAUCAUGAAUGUGAAAUUUGUGGGAAACAAUUUACUCAGAAGAGUACCCUCAACAAACACACCCUCACACACACUGGUGAAAAAAAUCAUGAAUGUGAAAUUUGUGGGAAACAAUUUACUCUGAAGAGUACCCUCAACAACCACACCCUCACACACACUGGUGACAAAAAACAUGAAUGUGAAAUUUGUGGGAAACGAUUUACUCAUAAGAGUACCCUCAACAGCCACACCCUCACACACACUGGUGAAAAAAAUCAUGAAUGUGAAAUUUGUGGGAAACGAUUUACUCUGAAGAGUAACAUCAACAAACACACCCUCACACACACUGGUGAAAAAAAUCAUCAAUGUGAAAUUUGUGGGAAACAAUUUACUCAGAAGAUUACCCUCAACAAACACACCCUCACACACACUGGUGAAAAAAAUCAUGAAUGUGAAAUUUGUGGGAAACAAUUUAAUCAGAAGAGUACCCUCAACAAACACACCCUCACACACACUGGUGAAAAAAAUCAUGAAUGUGAAAUUUGUGGGAAACGAUUUACUCAAAAGAGUACCCUCAGCAACCACACCCUCACACACACUGGUGACAAAAAACAUGAAUGUGAAAUUUGUGGGAAACGAUUUACUCAGAAGAGUACCCUCAAUGACCACACCCUUACACACACUGGUGAAAAAAAUCAUGAAUGUAAAUUUUGUGGGAAACGAUUUACUCUGAAGAGUCACCUCAACAAACACACCCUCACACACACUGGUGAAAAAAAUCAUGAAUGUGAAUUUUGUGGGAAACGAUUUAAUGAGAAGAGACACCUCAACAGCCACACCCUUACACACACUGGCGAAAGACCUCAUGAAUGCUUAGAGUGCGGCAAAAGGUUCACUACCAAGACUCAUUUGAACAUACAUACCUUAAAACACUCCGGCCUGAGAAAGUUCAAGUGUGAUGUUUGUGGGAAACAUUUCAAGGUUAAGGGGGAUAUUGCCCAACACAUGAAGAUCCACUUCCCCUGAGGUGUUGUGUUGUGCUGCAGUGCUGCUGUAUUUGGGAGUGUAGGUGGAGGUGGUGUUAAGUAAGCAUAUUUAUUUGGCCUAUGUGAUGUACACAGAUACAGUAGAUACAUGUAUAGAUGUGAAUAAUGGCACGGUCUGUUGAGCCGUAGCUCCCUGACAGACAGCUUUCUUUUUACGUAAUACAUUGUUGCAUGUGGUUGAUUAGGCAAUGUUGUGUAUAAAGGAACAAAUUAUUUUAUGGAUUACCAAAUAAGAAUAAUGAACAAGAUUACAUUAUGAAAAAUUCAUGCCUUGAGUUCUGAAGAGCUAAUUCAUUUUCUUUUACCUUUACCUUAAAUUGAUCUAGAUUACCGUUAUUUACUAGAUUUUUAAUUUCCGUGUAUAAAGAAUUCCACAGGCUAGGACCAAAACAUAAGAUGCUGUGUUUGAAAAGUUGUUCAAAUGUAAAGACACACCUGGUUACCUUGUUACUUCUGGCCUAGUGAGCAGAUUCAACGAGUUGAGUUCCAUGGUAGUUUUUUUAAUAUUUUAGAAAUUAAUACAUUAAUACUUAUGUACUGAGUGAAAUUUUAGAAGAUUUUGGUUUAUAAAUACAGAUUCAGUUGAGUCAAAUUUACCCUUAAUUUCCCCAAUGAACAUGAGGACGCGAAUACUGCUUCCUUGUCACGCUCGUCUGACAUCUGAGGACGCGUAUACUGCGUCAUGGCUGAGGUCUUCUGGAAUAAUGUAAUCAUUUUCCGGGGUCAAGGAAAUUAGACUGAAAGAAGAUUGGAAUAUAUUUUCAUCUUUACAACUCUGCCUCCUUGUGGCUCGCCGCCGCUGCCGCUGUGUUGGUCACCAAAGCUGCCCCGACGCCAUGCUCGUCUGUUCGAUAUAAUUCUUGCAGGUUUUGUGGCACGAAAAUAAACUACUGCCUGGAGUUCUCCAACAUUUUAUUCCCUAGAGACGCAAACGGUAAGGAAAUGCAGAAUGAGCGAUAUUGUGUGUAAAGAAUAGAGGAGGAGCGAGAGAAGGCAGGCUGGUGGAGGUUACUGUUUUGAAUCAACGCCGCUCGGUCUCUCCGCUACAUGACCGUCUACUCGUUUGGCUGGUGACUGCUGGAAACAAGGUUCUUUAUGUUCUUGUAUAUCAAUAGUCUUGGUAGUUAUAUAUUUUUACUCCUGAGAUUAUUACUAUUGUCGUAGUGAGGCAAUACGUAUUCAAAAGUUCCAUAGCUGGGCACGAUAACAGAAAACCUUAUUCCCGAUACCCGAUAACUGACAAUGGAAAACCUUAUCGGUGAUAACCGAUAUUCGUUAACUGGUGACACAAAUAGAGGCGAUAACCGAUUCCCGAUAUAAAUCCACAAUUCCGAUACUAGCUAGCGAUGUCUGAUAGGCGAAAACGAUAUUUUAUUGAUAUUUCAAAUAAAAACAUAGAUGAAUUCAAA